AUGGAAAAUCAAAGGAGAAUUAGCAAAAUCUGCACACUUCAACCACAUCAGCAUAUGAAAUUGAAUGCCUUGGCCAACCUGAUUCUGAUGAUACUUUUUGUGAUUUGUCUAAGCAUAAAGCAUUGGUUUUCCUAUGGGGUAAAUAAUAAGUAGAAAAGUGAUUUCUCAUUGAGAGAAAUAUAUAUGGGAGGAGAAAACAAAAGCUGGAGAGUAUAUGGUGACUUCAAAAACAUGUGCAAUCAGAAAAAUUUAAAUAAAUAUCCUGACCUUAGAGAAGAUUGCCUCCAGAUUACGAAUUUCGAGCUUGCAGGGAUUAUGGUAAACUUUAUUUAGUAUAUCUGCUUAACUGUUUUCGCUUUAUUGCUCCAAGGCUACUGUAUAGUUUCAUCAGCAAGCAUCGGAUGGAAUACAGGAAUGGGCCUCUUUCAAUUUGAUGUACCUUUUAUUUAGUUCCCACAUAUAUUGACACCUAUAGCUUUUGCGUUUUCAAUGAUAGUUUGGAUAAUGCUCAUUAGUGUCGCCUUUUUAAACGACUUUGGGACAGGCCCAGGAAUGUGGCUUGCUAAUCUUGCAACUUCUUUAGAGUUUGGAGUAGCUGUGCAUUAUGUGAUUUUCAAAGGAUAUAUGGACGGAAAAUAUUCAUACCCAUUAGUAAGCUAA